AUGUUGUCGGCAGCAGUCGAAGAAGAAUACACGACAAUGUCGAUCGAGUCCAGAAAGCGACCGACAGCGACCGACCACGAUAGCUCCGACGCGAAACGGCAACGGGUCCAAUCUCCGCACGUUAUAUUAUCCGUUGGAAAGAUCGGAGCUUCAUCAUGUUCUUCGGCGACGACAACCACAGAUGAAGUAGCGAACAAAGGUUUGCGACGCGCCGUUGCGCUGGCGCUGGACAAGGUCGGUUUCGAGGGCGCCGCGCCCGAAGCCAUGGAGAGCUUCACUGUCAUGGUGGAAACCUAUAUCACCUCCCUCAGCGAGAGCGUGAGGAUGUACCAGAAUGCAGCUCGACGGGCGCAUCCGAUCCCCGGUGACUUCGAGCUCGCGCUGGGGCGCUUCAACUUGACCACGUCUCUACUGGACCCACACAGGAAACCGCCGAUCCCGAGGUCGAAACGUCUGCCCGUAUUGGAGCCCCUUCCGAUCAUCGACCGCCUCGAGAAAGAUCUUCCGAUUCUUGGUCGCGAGCUAGACGGUGCUCCAGAUAAAGCAGUCAAGCAGUACAUCCCAGGCUCGUUCCCCGCCUUCCCGAGUAUACACACCUACAAGUGCACCCCCGAGAGCGUUGACGCUGUCACUGUGUCGGAUGACUGGGGCGUGUUCAGUCCCGAUGCGCCGUCCCAAUCCCUCGACGGGUCACAAUCACAACCACAACAACCGCAGCGGCCGCUUGCCCCGGAUGAAAUUCCGCGCGGUGACCCCAAGAAAAUGCGAGAAGCGGCGGCAAAGGAAGCCAAGGCAGGAGAGGGAGCACUCAGAAGGUUGAUGCGAGCGUCUAAGAUUGCCAAGCAGAAGGAGGUGUGGUCUGCAGCACAACGGCAACCGGCGCGCCGCGACCGCUACAAUCUAUGGGAGGCGGCGAUGCGCGAGUUAAUCGAAGAUGAUACCAAGUCCAAGGGGAAAGAAAUUGUGCCGGCGGCCAUGCAUGGGGACAAGGGCCGAUUUGAGAUUGCCGACCACAGCAUGAUCGUGAACACGGAGCAGGCCUGCCUUCGCCAGGACAUACCUCGGGCGGGUGUCAGGAAGGCGGCUGCUGCAGGGCACGGUAUCUCCGGGAAGGGAUAA